ACUUACCACCAACUUCACCAAUUUCCGGUUAUUUUCAUAGUCACGAUGAUGAGCAACGGAUCUUAGAUGCGGACGAACCGGAAGCAAGUGGUCAAGCGGCGUCGAAGUGGCAACGCCAUACACAUAAGCUGGGCAAGCCGAAGCAMGCUCACUUGACGACAACAGCAACAAMAACAACAGAAGCAAUAACAACGGAUGCCGAUAAUCAAGCGGCAACCGGAAACUCGGAGCGUUCAGCGCCGCACACAARCAAAGCGAAAGCAAUUAAAAGUAAAACUAAAAGAGUGAUAUUCAAAGCCAAAACCGCAUCGAUCCGGCGUUUAAAAAUGAGCAACAAUAUUGUUGGCAAAAACAUUGGCGGCGCUGGUGGCAUGAGCAUUGGCAGUGGUGGUGGCGCGGGRCCCUCUUCACAUUUGCAGCCACGCAAUUAYUUUUCACUCAAUCGUCAGCCCUCGCAAAGACCGCGUGCCAGCUAUCCCGAGAUAAUGCAACCACGUCUCUCGCUGAACGGUACUUUGCGGCAUUUGGUGCCAUCGCCACGUCCACUCUACCGWGAUCAUAGUUCGCGCUCGAUACAACCGCUGACGGCGAAUGAGCAGCAAAUGGCCGAAUUAGAUGGCAGUUUCUAUGGCAACACGCUGGGCUGCUUCAGUACAGGCGGCAGCGGGGCUGGUGKCAAUAGAGGCGGUGCUGUGGGUGCGGGUGGUAGUCGCGGCGGCUUUGGUGGUGGUGGCGAAAGUAAUACGGGAUUUCACACMACAGAGUUAUCGAUUACACCGACUCUAACGGGCGAUGAGCAAUAUAUCGAUUUAGGUAGUCUGCGUCGCUUCUCGAUCGAUCGUCAGAGCUUUCUUGAUCUCGGAUCGAAAUUUAGCAUGCCACAGCCGAAAUUCGGUCAGAGUGUCUCACAGCAAGGUUUCUUCACAUCACACGACAGCCUCGCCACACCAUGCGCAUCACGUGCCUCCAAUCCACAUGUGGCCACUGUAAGCACUGCCUCCGAAAUGGAUUUACUGCACAGCAGCAACAAACAGCGUCGCAAAUCUCGCGGCCGCCUGAAAACGAUGUCCGGCGAGCAACCGUUACUCGAUUCGUGGCAACGCUCAGCGACGGCGCGCAGUUCACAAGACAACACAUUGGCCGGCGGUUUGGCGGGGAGUAAUCAAUUUAGCGGGAAUUUCUGCAACGGCACUGAUAGAUAUCCCCGCUCACGUUCCGGUACCUCAACGACCACUGCCCCGCCGCAUAGCGGCCCCUCACAAUCGCAUCAAUCGUCGCAUCAGCUACACCAUUCGGCGUCGGUGUCGCAUGCACACCAUCAACCGUCACAUGCAKCACAUUUAUCAUCUACACAACAACAACAGUCCGCAGCGYCACAUCAUCAGCAGCAACCACAUCGAACCGCCUCGCAACGAUUUCGUGCCGCCACUGCCUCGCGUAAAUUCCACUUUGUGUUCGAUCCAGCGGGGCGUCUAUGCUACUACUGGUCCAUGGUUGUAUCAUUAGCGUUCCUCUAUAAUUUCUGGGUGAUAAUCUAUCGUUUCGCCUUUCAAGAGAUCAAUCGACGAACGAUUGCCAUUUGGUUUUGUCUCGAUUAUUUCUCCGAUUUUUUAUAUCUCAUAGAUAUAUUCUUUCACUUUCGUACCGGUUACUUGGAGGAUGGUGUAUUACAAACCGAUGCGACAAAAUUGCGACAACACUAUAUGAAUUCGACAACAUUCUACAUUGACUGCCUAUGUUUGCUGCCAUUGGAUUUUUUAUAUCUAUCAAUCGGAUUCAAUUCGAUAUUGCGUUCAUUUCGUUUGGUGAAAAUCUAUAGAUUUUGGGCAUUUAUGGAUCGUACCGAACGACAUACAAACUAUCCGAACUUAUUUCGUUCGACAGCGUUGAUACACUACCUACUUGUGAUAUUCCAUUGGAACGGAUGUCUGUAUCAUAUUAUACAUAAGAACAAUGGAUUCGGUUCGAGAAAUUGGGUCUAUCAUGACUCCGAAUCGGCCGAUGUAGUUAAACAAUAUUUACAAAGUUAUUAUUGGUGUACGUUAGCUUUAACGACGAUCGGGGAUUUGCCGAAGCCCAGAUCGAAGGGUGAAUACGUCUUUGUGAUAUUACAAUUGCUAUUCGGACUGAUGCUGUUCGCGACGGUGUUGGGUCAUGUGGCGAACAUUGUAACGUCGGUGAGUGCGGCACGCAAGGAAUUUCAAGCCAAACUGGACGGCGUGAAAACGUACAUGCGCAUGCGCCGUGUGCCCAAUCAUCUGCAGGUGAAAGUCAUUAAAUGGUUCGAUUACCUGUGGCUGACCCAAAAAUGUUCCGACGAGGAGCGAGCUGUAUCCUGUCUUCCUGAUAAAUUAAAGGCUGAAAUAGCAAUUAACGUCCAUUUAGAUACACUUAAGCGAGUUGAAAUUUUUCAAAAUACCGAAGCGGGUUUCCUAUGCGAAUUGGUGCUACGUCUGCGGCCGGUACUCUUCUCACCCGGCGACUACAUUUGCCGGAAGGGCGAGGUUGGCAAGGAGAUGUACAUAGUGAAUCGCGGCCGUCUGCAGGUGGUCGCUGACAAUGGGAAGACAGUGAUGGCUUCACUGAAGGCAGGUUCCUAUUUUGGCGAGAUUAGUAUACUGAAUAUGGGCACAGCAGGUAAAGAACUUGGUAAUCGCCGCACUGCCUCGGUACGCUCGGUGGGCUAUAGCGACCUCUUCGUGCUGAGCAAAAAGGAUAUGUGGGACGUGUUGAAGGAGUAUCCCGCGGCGCGUGUGCGGCUCGAGUCGAUAGCGGUGAAGCGUUUGGAGAAAUACAAAAAAGCGCCGUUAGAGAAAGUUGCCAUGGGACGCUGCCAAUCGACGCCCGGCUUGGUGGAGAGUUGCGGCCGUACAACAUUGGARGAUAUGUGGCUGCCACCGCCGUCGGCAUUGUCCUUCGCGCAGCAACAGCAAAUACAACAGCAACAGCAACAACAGCAAAGUGUAUCUUAUAGUCGUGCUCCCAGUCCCCGCUCAACAAUCACCUAUACGGAACGCAUAACACGCGCAACCGACUCACCCGGCUCGGUCAGUCCUAGUGUACAUAGUUCGGACGAUCGGCCGCGCAGUCGGGCCACGUCGCAUCACUCAACACGACUACAAUCGCAGCCUAGUCGAACAGGACACAUCUGCGAUUCCAGUUCGCAUUUAGAAUGCUACGGUGGCGGUUUGUCCGCCGCUAGCGGUGGCAUCGGUGGUGGCGGCACUACGCCACUACUSGGUUCACAUGAAGCCUUAGAAGAUGAAAUCAAACGUCUGCGCGAGCGCCUGCACACUGUGGAGUCGGAGAAUCAAGCUCUAAAUACGAAAUUAUCACAGCAACAAUGGGAUUUAGAGAAUCGACUGGCCGAAAUCGAGAUGCAAAUAUGCGGUGUCUCGUCGACAUCCAGUCUGGAUCCGGAGAAUGAGACCGAGGAGAUGGAACGCAAUCGUGAGAGUAUCAUAUAACACGGGAGCGAGCUGCCCCAUCAGCCGAUCGGUAUGAUGUACAUAUCAUGUUUAACAUGAAUCGCAUUGUUGUUGUUGUAGUUAAAUGUUAAAAUUGUCGUUGACAUCAUCGUUGUACACAAACAUUCCAAUUAUUACUCUCACACACACAACACAACUACAAACUAAACUGUGUCACCCAGCGUGGAUGCAAGCAGCAACAAAUCAGAACACAAUCACCAGUAUCACCAACACCCUUGAGCGUCCGUGGUUCAGGAAAUGUUAAACUGAAAAUAUACAUUCUUUUAUUUAUGUAUGUAUGCUUGUCGCGGUACAUCGCAUGUCUAACUGUCACUCAAUUUUGUGUUUGUAUUCCGUAAAUUGGCUGACCGAGUAUGCAUACACACAUACACCCUCACACAGGCUCUUGCUACAACUUACACAAAUAAACGCCGUCAUACGAACCUACCACCACCACUAUAUAACUGUAUACAUACAUACAUGUGUACUAGCAAGUCAAUGUGUUUUAUUCUCUAAAUUCCUUUCAUUACAUUGUUUUGGGAAAAUCAACAACAAACAACAACAAAAAAACAACCUAACUAUUCGGCAACAUUUUCAAUUUCCGCUUGCAACAAUGUUUCUAUUUCUGAUUGCAUUGCCGCCUCUGUCAUUCGCAUCAGCAAUGUCAUCAUUAUACUCGUCAUCACCAUCACCAUCAUCAUCAACGCUAUCAGUGUCACUGUUCGCCAAGCAUCAGCGAUCAUCUUCGUGUUUAUUCAAAAUUUGAAUUGUUCCUAAAGACAAACUAAAAAAUAUAAGUGUUUCAAGAAUUUUAGAUUUUUAYUAGAUGUGAAUAAACAGUGAUUGUUUUUGUUUUCAUCAAUAUCAGAGACUGUGGAGAAGUAACCGAAAAAUGCAAAUAAUUAUAAAAUUAUAAGAAAUGUCAAGAGAAAGCAGAGAUUUUKAAGUUCGUCGAACAAAAUGUUACAUAAAACAGAGUCAUAGCGAAU